GACCGCAGCUUCUUCCCAAAGUUAUGAACCAUCCUGAGAUUCAGACACUUUGAAAACACCGUCGUCAUGUGGGACAACGCAGGAGGAUGAGCCCACGUCUUCUCACAGGAGCUGAAAAAUCGACUCGCUUCAUGAUGAGCUGUGCCGCGAUUCUUCUGUUUGCAUGCAGCUGCUUCAGCUUGUCUGCAGCUCUGUACACCUCCAACACAGCAGCAUCCAAUAAGCUGAAGUACCUCCUCGAGCCGCCGGUGUACGCCGAGGUUGUGGCUCGAAGGGGAGAAAACGUCACCUUGCCGUGCAUCUUGAGAACCAAACCCAACCAUUACAAAGUGAAAUGGACAAAGCUGGAGCCGGAGCAGGUGGGGCAGGAGAACAUCAUCAUGAUAUCAAACGCAGUGGCCCACAAACCAUACGGCCUUCUUGGCCCGCGGGCUUCUCUCCGAAAGGCUCACACCAUGGACGCCUCCCUGCAGCUCAGUCGUCUGGAGCUGGAGGACGGCGGCAGGUAUCGCUGUGAGCUUGUCAACGGCAUCGAGGACGAAAGUGUUGUCAUUACCGUGAGGAUUGAAGGUGUGGUGUUCCCGUAUCAGAGUAAAAGCGGCCGCUACAGAUUCACUUUCCGUGAGGCUAAAGAGGCUUGCGCCGAGCAGGAUGGCAUGUUAGCGUCAUACAGCCAGCUCUACAGAGCGUGGACUGAGGGUCUGGACUGGUGUAACGCCGGCUGGCUCCAUGAUGGGAGCGUUCAUUAUCCUAUCAUUCACCCUCGACCUGCCUGUGGAGGAGAGAUGCUCCCCGGCAUCCGCAAUUACGGAGCAAAAGACAAAAACUACGAUCGUUUUGACGCUUUCUGCUUCACCUCUCAGCCGUCCGGCUCUGUCUACUACAUUUCGGGGUCUUUCUCCUUCGAGCAGGCAGGACACGCGUGUCAGCGUCAGGGCGCCGAGCUGGCGUUGGUCGGCCAGCUUUACGCUGCCUGGCAUUUCCAAAAGUACGACCAGUGUGAUGGCGGCUGGCUGAGGGACGGCAGCGUACGGUUUCCCAUUAACAAUCCCAGGGAGCACUGCGGGGGCAUCCCCGAGGCAGGGGUGCGCUCAUUUGGGUUCCCCAACAAGAUGACUCAUCUGUACGGCGCUUAUUGCUACAGGUAGCCAAAAAAAACAAAAACAAAAAAAAACCCAACCUCUAUCAGUGCCUCAACAGAGCUGAAAGGCCACGAUUUCACCUCACAACAUUCACAGCCUGACCCACCGCGAGAAACCUCCAUCUGAAACUGCAGACAUUCACUGACAGCACAAUUAUAAGAGUUUACUUGAAAUUUAUCAUAUUUAAACCUGAAUUAGUCACAUUGCAGCUGUCCACAGAGGCCGUUAGAUGCUGAUAUUUGGUUUGAUUUAGGACGUGACAUCAAUGUUAAAGACAACAUGUAAUCCAAACACGAAUUUAACAAACAAUACUGACAACAGAUGAUGUUAACAUUGAUUGGUUUUAAAUUGGAUUGUUUAGUUACCAAAAUCCAAUGUCUCAUGCCAACGUCAUUUUGACGCAGAUUAUCAACACGUUCUCAUCCCGAGUCCUCACAUGUUGCCACUUUGUCAGUGGACUUCAAUGUCUAAAUAUCAGGCUCUGGGUAUCCUUCUGUGUCUGCUGCUGACACUCCAGGAUGCCGCAAAAAUGAGAAGAAGUUAAAGCUCAGAACUUCUUCAGACCUGAAGUAUUUGGACAAGGCUCGUUCCAUUUGAAAACACGUUAGGUAUAUUUUAAACUGAGAUAUAAAGAGAAUUUUUUUUUCACUUCUUUCA